AUGUCCACUCCAAAAUACACUCUAUACGGUCUGGUAGCCAACGAAGGGGAUCAAUCUCAAGUAAACUUUGGUCCUUAUGUCAUGAUCAGUAAACUCGCCUUGAGAUUCUACGACGUACCCUUCACUCACGUCGGAUAUUCUUUCACUGAAAUAAGGGGUAAACUAGCCGAGAUAUCUGGCGACCCGAAGGUUUCCGUACCCACUUUGAACACUGGGGAAGGAUGGGUUACUGAUUCUUGGAAGAUUGCUGAUUUUUUGGAAGAAAAAUAUUCUACACCUGAGAAAAGUUUAUAUUCAAACUCCUCAAUCGGUCGUUCCCUGUCUUACACAAUUCUGGGAAUCAUGCUCGCUGCUCAACCUCUGACAAGAGUAUUCAUCACUGGAGCUCAACUCCGUAUCCUAGACGCUCCAAACAGAGAAUACAUCUACCAAACCCGUAUUGGUGAUCCAGUCAAAAGAGAUAACAUCUUAUCUCAAACCGACCCUUCGGCCGAUAUCUCUUCUGUUCUUUCCUCGAUCAGAUCUCAUUUCCAAGCUAUCGAAAUCGCCCUCACUCGUCAGACAGAAAAAGGAUGGAAGUAUCUGUCAGGAGAAAAUUUAGGUUAUGCCGAUAUGGUUUUAUUCGGAUAUUAUUGUGUUCAUCAUUUAGACAAAAGGUUGAUAAAAGGUGUUUGGGAACAUGAAGAUUUGCCGAAAGUUGGAGAAUGGGUGAAGAGUAUGAUGAUAUCUGGAUUGGUGAAAGAUGGGGAUUUGUUGGAUAUCUAAUCUAAAUGAUGGGGUGAGUUUACACUUGAUGGAGACACGGAAGACGGAAGGCAGGCAGGAAGGACUGAAUCGUGAAAGUUUGGGAAGAUUUGGAAGAAUUGGAAAGAUGAACAGAAGGGAGAGAAGUUUAAAUAUAUCAGAAAUAAACCAAAUCGUGGAAAUAUGCAGGAAAUCAGUCAGUUUUGAAGUGUAUAUGUAAAGUGAAGUGAC